GCGACUCCCGGGGGUUUUGCAUCAUUAGCUUAACUGUUUUUAUUAUAGGGGGAGAAUUGCAAUGUGACUUUUUUUUUAUCCAUCGCUUAAGAAUUAGGAUUGCAUAAUUGACGUGGCGUACUGGCGUGUAGUUACAAAAAAUAAAAUAAAAUAAAGUCAGUGCCUCACUGUCCAGUGCCCAGGCACUCUAACUGGCCCUGGGGAUCUGAUUGCAUAAUAUCAAGGAAAACAGAUGUGACUUAUAUAAAGAUCCGAAUGCAAAGUGUGUGCCGAAAUUUAAGAUUUGAAAUAAGAAAAAAUAAGUUGACUGUAGUUUGUAUUUUCGAAAGACAUCUACGGUGAGAUGCAAUUUUUUCCAACAGUAUAAUCAAAUUUAAUUAUUGCUUUUGGAAACAACAGAGAGUUCAGUAUCAACAUGUCAAAACAAUAUUGGGUUCAAAUGUGCGGAUCAAAGCGGACUCAAUUUUGCUCUGUUGUAUGAUUUUGAAAAAUAAAGUAAUAAGUUUUGCCAAUAAAUCAAAAUAAUAUCCUUAUUUACUUCCUAAAUAAUAAAUUUAGUUAAAACAGUUUAUUGGUUGACAUUUUACUUCAAAUUAAUUUUAAUAACAAUCAACUUCAACGGCAACCCCGUACCAAGUGUCAUGUGAUUCUGAUCUGUCGUCUUGUGACAUUGGUCUAUCCGGGUCAAUUUUUGAUUAUUUUCUCUUAGCUUUUACUUAGCCAAACAGGUCGCUAGAACAUAUUUAAGUGGUAAAAUGAGAUUUCAAGAAUUCAACAUCGACAACGGCUACUUGGAGGGGCUUUGCCGUGGUUUUAAGAACGGAGUCCUGAAACAGGCGGAUUACAUCAACUUGGUGCAGUGCGAAACACUUGAUGAUUUGAAGCUGCAUCUGCAGAGCACCGAUUAUGGACAAUUCUUGGCUAAUGAACCUAGUCCAUUGGCUGUUUCCGUUAUUGAUGAUCGUCUGAGGGAAAAACUAGUCAUUGAAUUUCAGCACAUGAGAAAUCAUGCUGUUGAACCUCUGGCUACCUUCUUGGAUUACAUUACGUACAGCUACAUGAUUGACAACAUCAUAUUGUUGAUUACAGGCACUUUGCAUCAUCGUCCCAUCACUGAGCUAAUCAGCAAGUGCCAUCCUUUGGGAAGUUUUGAGCAAAUGGAAGCUAUUCAUGUUGCUUCUACUCCAGCUGAGCUUUACAAUGCUGUGCUGGUAGACACUCCCUUGGCUCCUUUCUUUGUAGAUUGCAUCAGCGAGCAGGAUUUGGAUGAAAUGAAUAUUGAGAUCAUUCGAAACACCCUGUACAAAGCAUAUCUUGAAUCAUUCUACCAGUACUGCCAAACACUGGGAGGAACCACUGCUGAGGUCAUGUGUGAAAUUUUAGCAUUUGAAGCUGAUCGCCGCGCUUUGAUCAUUACUAUCAACUCUUUCGGCACUGAACUCUCCAAGGACGACCGAGUUAAAUUGUAUCCGACAUGUGGCCGACUUCAUCCUGACGGUCUCGCGGCCUUGGCUCGCGCUGACGAUUUUGAGCAAGUCCGUGGGAUUGCCGAAUAUUAUGCGGAGUAUAAAGAGCUGUUUGAUGGUUCUGGUAACAAUCCCGGUGAAAAGACCCUCGAGGACAAGUUUUUCGAAUACGAAGUGAAAUUGAACAUGUACGGAUUCAUGCAACAGUUCCACUUUGGCGUAUUUUACUCUUAUUUAAAGCUCAAAGAGCAAGAGUGUCGCAACAUUGUUUGGAUAUCCGAGUGCGUCGCUCAAAAGCAUCGCGCCAAGAUCGAUAACUACAUUCCCAUCUUCUAAGAACAAAUGCACCAACACAAGCCAUCUAAGCCAAUGAACCUUUUGUUUAUGAUUUUUUUUCUUCUCCCACGUUCAAUAGCUUAUCUUAUUACCAUUGUCCUGUCGUUGAAAUCAGAUUAUAUUAGACUACUCCUCUUCCCUACUUUUUUUGGUUACUUUUUAACACUAUUUGGUAAUUCGUCUAUGUGGCUGUAGAUUUAUUCGGUGUGUAAAUAUAUGUUAAUUCAAA